CAAAUCACCAUGUUAUAAGUUACCAGUCAUUUCAAAAUUGCUGUUGGAUAUUACCUACUUGUAACGCAGGGAUAGAUAUAUAGAUCACUUUGUGUGUGUGUGUGUGUGUGUAUAUACAUAUAUAUAUAUAUAUACACACACAUACAGAUUGAUAUUGGGUCACAGUGAUAUAUAUAUCUCAUAUAUUGUGCCACAUUCUGUGAUCUUAUGUCAUAACACAGUACCUCUGCUCUGUGUAUGUAUGUGUGUCUGUAUAUAUACAUAUAUAUAUAUGCAUAUAUUUACAUAUAUAUAUAUAUAUACUGUCAUAUCACAACCACCCUUGAACAUAUAACUUUAUUACUGUUCAGUGCUCUGAGACACCCUGUGUCAUGGAUUGAUUGUUCUUAAACAGUGUUCCUGGUAUAUAUAUAUAUAUAUAUAUAUAUGUAAGAUCAUCGUCACCAUCAUAACUGGAUAUAACAUAAUCAACUUCUCCAAGCGUGUACUUUACUUUAUUUAUUUGAAUAUCUUUUUUUUUUAUCACAGUGGAAUAUAUUGUAGAAUGUUUCUGAAUUAACAACACUUAACAAACAAAUAUAUAUACACACACACACACACACACACACACACACACACACACACAUACGCAUAGACACACACACUCACACAUAUAUUUAUAUAUACAAGAAAAAUACAUGGUGCAAACAUGGAUAACGGAGCUACGUCAGCCUCUCCGGAAGAUUCCAUUUACAACAGCAAAAACUUAAACAUAAAUAAUAUACCAGCAAUGGAUUGUAUGAAGAUUUCUCAAAACAAAAUCAAAUAUAUAAAUAAAAACUACCAGAAGUUUCCGCACAAGAUCUAUGAUUCAAAAUGUGAUAUCAAGUUGUCUGUUGGCGGGACAAGUUUCCGAGUGCAUAAACAAGUUCUUUCUGAAGCCAGCGAUUACUUUUCGGCUAUGUUCCACCAUGAUAUGAAGGAAAAAGAACAAGAUGCUAUUGAAAUUAAAGAUAUCAGUCCCAAGGGAUUUUCUGCAAUCUUAGACUACUUCUACCAUGGUAAUAUUACAAUUAGUCCGGAAAACAUUGAAGAUGUCUUAGAAGUAGCCCGAUUCUUCCAAGCUGACUGGAUUGUUGAUGUGUGCUGCAACUUCCUGGUAGAAUACAUGAGUUUAGAAAAUUAUACCUAUGUGCAAAACCUAGCAGAUAAAUUUGCUCUUGGAGACUUACAACCUGAUAUUCUUCAAGUACUUGCUUUAAGUAUUAAUGAGUUAGUAGAACAGCCCAAGUUCAUACAGAAUCUUCCGGAAAACCUCCUCUUAGCAUUUCUUCAAUGUGAUAUAUAUGUGGAAGCUCAUGAACAUUUCCUUUUUAAACUUAUCCUUGAUUGGGUUGAUGAAGAUCCUUGCACUCGCAAACCUUCUCUGUUGCCACUUCUUAAAGAAAUACGAUUUUCGCUUAUGGAGCUUGAAGAACUAGAAUCAAUUCCUGAUUUAGUGCACGAGCUUGAAGAAAUUCACAACGAGGUAGAAUUUGCAAAGAAUUAUGCCUUAUGCAUCCAAGCACAAUGUCUUCAGAAUGAUGAUAAGUUUCUUCCAAGAGGAGCACACAGUGUAUUGACCAUGAUUUUCUUUCCGGAUGACAUGUGCACAAACAUUGCAUACAAAGAUCCAGAUAACCCUGGACUUUGUGUUGAAGAAUUAGAUUCUCCUCUGCACAUUCGGUAUGAGCAUACAAGAGAAACAGUGCUUGGAAACUUUUUGUUUGUUGCUGGAGGUUAUACUACCAAUUAUUGCAGUUCAAAUUGUGUGUUUAUGUAUGACCCUCGCUUUAGAACUUGGACUGAAAUUGCUUCAAUGCAAAACCCUCGAGUUUCUUUUGCAAUGUGCAGCUCUGACCACAAUCUGUUUGUUUUGGGUGGCAUCAACCAUAUGUUUGUAGACAACAACGAAGUGGAAGUUAUUCUCCAAAACUGUGAGAUGUAUUUCCCUGAAGAAAAUGUUUGGGUGGCUAUUCCUGACUUACCUCUCGGUAUAUUUGAUCAUGCCAGUGCCUUUGCUAAUGACUGUUUGUACUGUAGUGGUGGCAUUACAGAUAAUCCUGAAAAUACAGUACCUGUUUCAUUUUUGUAUGUCUACAGUUUCAGUACAAAAACCUGGGAAACAAAAGCAGAAAUGCUUUACCCUCAUCAAAGGCAUUGCAUGAUGGCUAUCGACAACAAGUUAUUUGUAUUAGGUGGUUACACCCGAGAUAAUGAAAUCGGUUUUAAAGAUUGUUUAACAAAUGAAUGUUAUGAUGCUGAAACUAACCAAUGGACUGAGAUUAUUAGCACACCAUUGGAAUAUGGCCUUCUUCAGUCACAUGCAACACAACUUGAAAAUAAAAUCUAUAUUAUAGGUGGUGAAAAAACAAAUCUUUAUGCCUAUGACAUUGAAAAAAAUACAUUUGAGGAACUGGAAUUACUUGAUCCUAAGAUUCAACGAGUUUCUUGUCUUGAUGUAGCUUAUCCAUAAAGCAUAAGAAACUGCUUAUCUUGCAGUAAAAAAAUUUUAAUUCACAAGACUCUGAUGUCAGUCAAAACUUUCAGCAAGAUUAACUCCCUGAGGAAAUGAUUUAACAUUAACAGAUAUCAAUUUAUGAGAUAGUUUACUACUAAUUUAUUACUAACCAACUUCAGCUUAACAUUAAAAAACUUUGCAUUGUAUGUGCUGUAGAGGUUAAAUCCAAAACAAGUCACUUAGUUCUUGGUUGUAGCCUUUCCACAUCAUGUAUAUUUCUUAUAUUCUUGAGAAAAAGCAAGAAAGUUGCAACAUGCCAGUUUCUCCUCAUAAAUUUAUACUUUUAUGUCUGUAAGAAAUAAAUUUUAACAGAUUCCAGUUGAGCAAUAUAAAGUUA